AUGGAUAUCCAGUCGCGAAUCAAGUUUGGCUUUAGUAACAGAUUUGGUUUUGUAGAAGCCGUGAUACCUACUAAGUCGGGUCUCACGUUCCUUGCCAGAUCAAAAUGGCAAGCCAUAUGGGGCAGAAAUCGACGAGGGUCAUCAGGGCAGCAAAGACUCGGCUCUUUGAGCAGACAGAGGCAGGGAUCCUUUGUUGGCCAACCGCCGCUGAACUAUAUGGAGCCGGCUAGGCCUUUCGAGCAGGAGUCAUUCAACCCUCCGCCACCCUUCAUGCCGCCGAACCUACCAGCGAUGCCCCAUACGGACAAUGCAUACUUGCCUAAGCCAGGUGAUCCUUCAGUCUCUGGAUUUUACUCCGCUCAAGCAAUGGCCUCAAAAGCGGCUGUACCCGUUGUCCCGAUCACUAGUCAAAUGCCAGGUCAAGCCGACGCUGUGGUUGAAAUGCGUUCACCGCCAAGGCCUCCGCGGGGUCAGAGCAGUAAAAGAAAACAGAAGGCUUCCGGUAUCCGGGUCGAAAAUUCUCAAACGAAGCCACCUGCUGUCGAAGUUUUAGAUGAUGGGACUUCUCCGUGGGGUACAUCCGAAGCUAAACCAGCGAGUGUCAGAGUGGCACUGCCAAGCGAGACAAGCGCUCCCGCGCCUGUCAACCCGAGCCUUGACGACAAGUUCCCAACAGAUAACAUGGCCGACACGAAACCAACCGAAGGAGCGGUGGAAAGUAAACAAAGGGGGGCCGAGCCACAACCUCAUGGCCUCGAUGACCCGCUUCGCAAGAUGCCUGCGGACAGCUUGAUCCAAACUCCGCCCAAGCAGCCAGCGAAAACAAAGAAGGAGAAGAGUCAUGGGCGCCGAAAAGAUGAGACUUUGUCUGAAAAUCGGCAGCUGAGUUCCCAAGGACUUGAUGGGGCCAGCUCAUCGAGGAUCGAAUUGGAAUCAUCAAGUCAGCAUCCUAGUGGAGGGCCAGACGUUGCACCUGUAGAAAGGAAACAUGAAAAGCAGGAAGAAAAACCUGAAACGCAGGAAAACAAACCUGAAGAGCAACAAAAAAAGCACGAAAAGAAACAUGAAACGCUAGAAAAGCAACCCGAAAAGCAAGCAGAACAACUCAAAAACGAGGAAGUCUCGGAGCCUACGGCGUGGAAUAAUUCCAGAAUUCCGAGCAUCUUCACUCAAGAAGAGAUUAAGGGCAGGAAGCAAGCUUGGGAUCGGAUCCCAAUGCCUUUGAAAGAUCAAAAGACCAAGAAGCGAAACCUCCCAAUUUUAGCUAAGCCAACCUCAUCGGCUCCCAAGGCUCACGCUGAUGAGAGGAAGCUUCAGACCUCCGAAGGUAAAAGUCGCACUACGGAGGAAAACCAAACCACUUCCCCGCUUCCGAAAUCCCAGCCGCAGCAAACUGAGGCCGAACAGUCGGUAGACCCUGAAGGAUUUCAGCUCGUAUCACCAAGAAGAAACAGAAUGGGUAGAGAGAAGCAACACCCUCAGACCUUGACGAUUCAGGAGAAUCGGCGCCGAGGUGUUGAGAGAGAGAUCACGAACUUCUUCGGCUUACUACCCGGCCAACAAGUUACAAUCGAAGCACACCAACAUGGCAGCGAGCAGGAAGAAUCGCCUGAUGCCUCAAACAGCCCUCCUACCAAAGAAAAUGAGUCUGAUCAAGCCGCGCCGCCAAACGAAACACCACCUGUGGAGCAGAGUCAACCAAAGAGCAAAAAGAAGAAGAAGAACAAGAAGGGCAAGAGAAACCAGUCGGUCUCCUCGUUGGCGGUAGCCGAAGAGCCUCGCGCGUCAGAUAGACUUCCUGAAGAAACCGACCCGACCCCCAGUUCUAAAACUCUCAAAACUGACUGUAAGGCGGAAGAUCCCCAAAUUCCGUCCGAUGGGAACAAGCCCAGCGAAACACCCGACUCUUUUGGUCGUGAUACCCUGGGAUACAAGGCUGGGGCACCCUUUGGAAGUGGAGGCACCUUGAAGAUGCCAAAGAAGCGAGCAAAGCGGCCUCAAGUCACAGACUCACACUGGGAGCCGCAGAAAGGCCUCGAGAUAAACACCUCUGUCGGUGUUGGACAGUCGGGCUUGGAGAGCGAAGCCUCUUCAUCAAGGAUGGCCACACCUACGAGUGAAACAAGCAGUGGUCUGAAUCCACGGGCAACCGACUUCGUAUCUCCUCCUGCAGAGAAGCAAUCCUCGGAUGAAGACAGUGACAUGAGCGUCACGUUGGGGGUAUUUGGGCUGCUGGCUCAGAAUAAACGAGAGAUUGAGGCACGCAAUAAACGAGAGAGAGAUGAACCCUAUAAACGAAAGAAGGGGGGAAACCGAAGCAGCUCCUCUGAGACGAUUGACUUUGAAGACAAAAAACCCAACAGGUCCCGCUCAGAAUCUCCGCCGCAUAUAAUAUUUACAAAGGGGAAGCAACCAGAGAUAAAAUUAGGCAAAGGCAAAGGGAAAGAUCCCACGGGCCCUGCGACGGAAAUCGAAGAAGGCCCGGCCUUGAAAAAGAAAGAACCGCCCACAGCCUCUGGUGAACCCGGUGACCCCGGUGAUCCUGACGAACCUGGAGAUCAGCCCGGUUUAGUCAACGAUUCGUGGCCAAGGCUUCCUCCGCGAGAGCUUCUUACUCAAGACAUGUUACUGAACGACGCGCCUGCGGCAUGGAAAAGACGUUAA